AGUUGAGUUGUCUCCGAUCAUCCCCCUUGCUCAGCUCAUCACUACUCUCUCUCUCGCUCUAACCAGCUAGGGUUUCUGCAACUGUACCGAGUUCUUAGUUCCACUUGCCUCGUCAAUCAAAAUCGAUUCCUUCCUAGGGUUAUUGUUUGUAUUCAUUCUUCUAGUCUAUUUUCUCAGCUGAAUUUCCCAUUUUUCUAUUUCCUAUUUAAUUUUGGUACUACUUCUCCUCCCAAGGUUAUCGUGUUGUAUUAGAUUUGUUUUUGGCAUUAGACCUGGUUGAUCUGUUACUCUUCACAUAUUAACAAAUAAAGCUGUUUGGGUUUGCAAUUUUCUGGAAUUGUUUUGACUGAGCUGGAGAAAUUACCGGAUUUUCUCUCUCCUAGGGUUUGUUUAGGAUUUUGCGAAUUGGAGAAUUGUCUGUUUGUUGUGAUUUAAGCGUGGUUAUAGGAUCCAAUAUGGCCUCUUACAGGCCGUUCCCUACGCAAUCGUCGUUUGGUCCGCCGUCGAACCAGAACCCUCCCCCAGCAGCAGCACCACUACCACCUCCUUCAUCAUCUCAGCAGCGUGUAAAUCAGUAUAACCCAGCUUGGGGUUACAGUGGUACUGCUGCCGGUAGUAGCAAUGGUGGUGAUGGGUCUGUUCCGUCGGCUCCAUCUUAUUUUCAGAACAGUGGGUUUGGACCUUCAACUUCAUCGCAACAUUAUGGUGCUCCAAGAAGUCAGCACCCUGCUCCCCCACCACCCCCUCACCAACAGUACGCCUAUGCACCCCCUCCUCCGCCGGAAUCUUCAUAUCCUCCACCACCACCCCCGCCAGCUUCUCAGAAUUCGAUGAACUUACAGCCUCCGCAACCUCCUGCGUACUACCCUUCUUCGCAGUUUUCUCAGUUCAACAAUCAGCAGCCACCGCCCCCUCCCCCACCUCCAAGUUCACCACCACCACCUCCAAGUUCACCACCACCACCUCCCUCGGCUCCUCCUCCACCAACUCAGAGCAAGGAGAGCGGUCCAGAUAGGGGGUUGCAAGAUCGCGAUAGAGGGGUUCAUAAGGAGGUAUCAGCGUCCGGGAGGAGAGAACAUGGGCAAUCGAAUCACGGAGUUCCUCAUAAACAGCAGAAAUAUCCCGUUCCUUCGGUACCAGUAAAGAAAGCAAAUGGGCCUUCAGGGAGAGUGGAGACAGAAGAUGAGAGGAGGUUGAGGAAAAGGAAAGAAUAUGAAAAGAUUAAACAAGAAGAGAAGCACAGGCAGCAAAUGAAGGAGUCACAGCACUCAGUUUUGCAAAAAACUCAAAUUUUGUCUUCUGCCAAGGGGCAUGGUUCAAUUGCAGGGUCACGAAUGGGAGACAGGAGGGCUACUUCAUUCUUAAGCAAUGAAAGGAUUGAGAAUAGGCUAAAGAAGCCAACAACAUUUUUAUGCAAGUUGAAAUUCCGGAAUGAACUUCCAGACCCAAGUGCACAACCGAAGCUCAUGUCUAUGCAGACAGAAAAAGAUCUAUACUCAAGGUACACCAUUACGUCGUUGGAAAAAACAUACAAGCCCAAGCUUUUUGUCGAGCCAGAUCUUGGGAUCCCUCUUGACCUACUUGACCUCAGUGUAUACAAUCCACCCAGUGUUAGACAACCCCUUGAUCCAGAAGAUGAGGAAUUGUUGCGCGAUGAUGAAGCAGCAACCCCUGUGAAAAAAGAUGGAAUUAAGAGGAAAGAAAGGCCUACUGAUAAAGGAGUUGCAUGGCUGGUAAAGACUCAAUAUAUAUCUCCUCUGAGCAUGGAAUCGACCAAACAGUCUCUAACUGAAAAACAAGCUAAAGAACUGCGAGAAAUGAAAGGCCGCAACCUUUUGGAGAAUCUCAAUGACAGGGAUAGACAAAUUAAGGAAAUUGAGGCAUCUUUUGUGGCAUGCAAGUCGCGCCCUGUUCAUGCUACCAAUAAGAACUUAUAUCCUGUUGAGGUUAUGCCUUUAUUGCCUGAUUUUGACAGGUACGAUGAUCAAUUCGUCUUUGUGGCAUUCGAUAAUGCUCCUACGGCUGAUUCGGAAAUCUUCAGCAAGUUUGACCAUUCUACCCGUGAUGCUCACGAAUCACAGGCCAUAUUAAAAAGUUACAAGGUGACCGGCUCGGAUCCAGGGAACCCAGAGAAGUUUUUGGCUUACAUGGUCCCUGCUCCAGAUGAGUUGUCGAAGGAUAUUCAUGAUGAAACUGAAGAUGUUUCAUUUUCUUGGGUUCGUGAAUACCACUGGGAUGUACGAGGUGAUGAUGCAGAUGACCCCACAACAUACGUCGUUUCAUUUGAUGAAACAGAAGCACGCUACUUGCCUCUUCCCACGAAGAUUGUUUUAAGGAAAAAGAGGGCUAAAGAAGGAAGAUCUAAUGAUGAGAUCGAACAUUUUCCUGCUCCUUCAAGAGUGACUGUAAGGAAGCGACCAACUACUUCUGUUAUAGAAUUGAAAGAACCAGAGGUUUAUUCAAAUCCGAGGGGAAGUCUUUCGAAUUUGAAAAGAGGUGGGUCUGAUGUUGAAGACGGCCUCGAAAGAUCACAUAAAAUGGGUCGACAUGAAGACGUUGACGACUAUAGUGGUGCUGAAGAUUAUUUGUCUGAAUAAAUUUUUGUGGACGCAAAUUACGCUGUCUUCCCUUGGACCAAGUUUCUCAAUUUUUGUAGCAUAGUCACUGUGUUUUGGGCGAUGAUGCUCGAAUGCCAAAAUAUUUGAAAGCCAUAAAUGUUAUAUUUAUACGUUACUCCCAAUUUCCUAUAUACCAAAUAUGUUGUUUAUUCUACCUGUAGGCAGGCAGUUUAUUAUUUGUAGAUUUACACCACCAUGUCAUAUAAAAAAAAAGGAAGAAAAGAAUUACUGUACAAACCGAGUUCUGCUCUUGAGAAAAAAAAUAGUGAGUUUUCAUCUAA